AUGAACCAAAUCCGGAAGCUUUGCCGAGGCAGCGGGCGAGCGCUGGCGCUGAUCUUCGUCGCCUCCGUCCUCUGGCUGCUCUUCGACAUGGCAGCGCUCAGGUUCUCCUUGGGCGAGCUGCACGGCGGGCCGCUGAAGGAGGAGGUCCUCCGGCGAGAGAGGGAGAGGGGAAGAGCGGGCCCGGGCCCUGAGGGGGCCAGGGAGCAGCCCGGAGUCGGAGCACUGGGAAGGGAGCAGAAGUCUAGGAGGCACAAGGGGGAGGAGGGUGGCCAGGUUGGAGGAGGCGAAGGAGAAGAGCAGCCAGGCAACCAGAGGGACACAACCUUGAAACCCACACCAAAGAGAAGGAUGGUGCUGCACAGGAUGAUCCCACUGAACCUCUGGAGCCUGCAGCCUUCUUUUCCUCUGAAAAAGGAAGUGAGGGGGGAUCAUGAAAAGGAGGUCAACUCCACCAGCCUUCCAGGAACAAAUCUUGCUCUUCCUGGGGGGGCUCAGAAGACCCAGUUAGCAGCUGCUGCGGGCCAGACACUUGUCACGUCAACGCGCAGUGCAGCUACCGUCGGCAACGUAGUCACGCAGAGAGCGCGCGGGCCCUUCACCGAGGAGUCCAGGGGAAGAAAGGAGGUUCUAUUAAAAGUUGGAUCAGCGGCGAAAGGAUCUUUGGCCAGGCGGAAGCAAGUGAUGCCAACUGGAAGCGAAUCUGAGAAACCGCAGGCCGGGCCUUCGGUGCUGGGCACCUCGGUCUUCUCAGCGAACGAGACGGGAGUGAAAGAAACAAUCAGAAAUGCUUACAAUGUUGCAAAGAGCUUGGACUCGCCUGCCGGAGAGCUGGCCGCCACGAAAGCAGCAGUGAAAGGGACGACAUCGGCAAAUGCGACAGGUCCCGCGCAGCGUCCCAAAGGCGAUGCCAAAAAGGAACGUCCUUUUUUGGAAGACCAAGUCGUCUUCAUCAGUAAGGAUGGAGCCCAGACUCCUCCUGCAAAGCAGAAGCUGCAAGCAGAUGCCAAAGGAAACAUUACAAACAAACUGAUAGGAAACAAUAUGCCGGUGAUGGACAGCAAAAGUGAAAUGCCUCUGAAGGAGAGUAACAUCACCAAAGCAGCUACUUCUAGCAAAACAAUUCUGGUUGGAGCCACGGCACUGGAGAAAGUUCACAAGGUCAAUGUGGCAGAGAAGGACCAAAAGAAGGACCAAAAUGACAGCGUGAUUCCAUUAGCAGGAAGUCCUCGAAUGCACAAAGUGUUAACCAUCGAUAGAACGAUUGCCCCAAGGGACCCCAGAGCAGUGGGACAGUUUGGGCGCCCUGCUGUGGUCCCCAGCGAGAAGCAAGAGGAAGCAAAGAGAAGAUGGAAUGAGGGGAAUUUCAAUGUCUAUCUCAGCGACUUAAUCCCAGUGGACCGAGCCAUUGAGGACACGAGGCCUGCUGGAUGUUCAGAUCUUCUCGUACACAAUAACCUUCCCACUACCAGCAUCAUCAUGUGUUUUGUGGAUGAAGUAUGGUCCACUCUCCUGCGCUCCGUUCACAGCGUCCUCAACCGAUCUCCUCCUCAGUUUAUUAAAGAAAUCAUUUUGGUGGAUGACUUCAGCACAAAAGCUUACCUCAAGGAUAACUUAGACCAAUACAUGUCAAAGUUUCCCAAAGUUCGUGUCCUUCAUCUCAAAGAAAGGCAUGGUUUAAUACGAGCAAGGCUGGCUGGAGCAGAGAUUGCUAAAGGUGAUGUACUGACAUUCUUAGAUUCGCAUGUAGAAUGCAAUGUAGGGUGGCUGGAGCCACUGCUGGACAGAAUCUAUUUAAACAGAAAGAAAGUUGCCUGUCCUGUUAUUGAAGUAAUCAGUGACAAAGACAUGAGCUAUAUGACUGUGGAUAGUUUUCAACGUGGCAUUUUUACAUGGCCAAUGAAUUUUGGAUGGAAGCCAAUUCCUCCAGAUGUCAUUCAGAAAAAUAAAAUUAAGGACACUGAUAUAAUUCGGUGUCCUGUAAUGGCAGGCGGGUUAUUUUCCAUUGAUAAGAAAUAUUUCUUUGAACUUGGGACAUAUGAUCCUGGCCUUGAUGUUUGGGGAGGGGAAAACAUGGAGCUUUCAUUCAAGGUUUGGAUGUGUGGAGGUGAAAUCGAAAUCAUCCCAUGUUCCAGAGUAGGCCAUAUCUUCAGGAAUGAUAACCCCUACUCCUUCCCCAAGGACCGUAUUACCACUGUGGAGCGGAAUUUAGCUCGCGUCGCUGAGGUUUGGAUGGAUGAAUACAAAGAUCUCUUCUAUGGACAUGGGUACCACCUCAUUCUGAAAAACCUGGACGUUGGAAACUUGACUCAGCAGAUGGAAAUGAGGAAGCAGCUUCAGUGCAAAAGCUUUAAGUGGUAUCUGGACAACGUCUACCCUGAUAUAGACGCACCCCUUGUUAAAGCCAGUGGCCUGAUUGUUAAUGUAGCCUCGGCGAAGUGCAUCACUGUGCAUGAAUCUAAUCUGACCUUCGAAACGUGUGAUGUUAAUAGUGAGAACCAAAAGUUCAACUACACUUGGCUGAGACUGAUUCAGCACGGAGACCUCUGCAUGGCACUGACUGAUGCUAAAGGGACUCUGGGCCUGGAUCCUUGUGAUAAAAGAAACAAUAGUCUGAAAUGGCUGCAUAAAUCACUGGUUGCUUUUCAUCCAGAACUCAUGGAUCACAUUGUUUUAGAACAUCUUCCACAGGCCUUGUGCUUAGAAGUGGAUCAGUCUCAGAAAGCCCUGAGGGUAAACAUUUGUUCUGCCUCCAAUCCUUAUCAGAAGUGGCAGUUUGGAAAUUAUUAUGCUGACUGAAGAGAAACAUGAGCAAACCAGACACUGGAGCCAGUAAAUUCAAGAAUGACAGCUGUGAAACUUCUGAUGGAAAGUAAAUGGGCAGCUCGGUUCCUAGCCACAACUGAAACCCAUCCCUUUCAGAGAAGCAGAUGGAAAGAUCAGAAGAAAGAGCUGGUUUUAUGUGGCUUAAUGUAAGCAAGGCAAGUUACUUUAAGGCGUACUUAGCAAAAGCAAAUUGUCAUACUGAGACAGUUUUUUCCAAAGUUCCUUCCUCCUAGAUCU